GUUAAUUGCAAUUCUUGAAAGGGUUCUCUCUCUCUCUCUCCAACGAAUUAGUGUUCAGUGUUGACAGGGCAGCCAUGGCGAUUUCUCUCUCGACAAGUCUCAUGCCGAAUACUUUCCAAUCCAACAGGAACCCCAAACACCUCUUGACACGUGUACUUUUGAACCAACCGUCGAAUUUCAGUCUUAAACACCGUGAAAACGAAAACAAAAUCUCGACCCGACGGAGUCCAUUGGUGGCCUCCACUAUCUCUGGCUCUACCGGAGUCCCAUCUUCUGGAGUGAGUUUAGAUACUGCCGAUUCAUUAGAUACCGUCAAAGUGUUUGAUUUGAAUGGAAAUGGAAUUCCAAUAUCUGAUUUGUGGAAAGAUCGGAAAGCUGUUGUAGCAUUUGCUCGCCAUUUCGGAUGCGUCCUUUGCCGCAAACGAGCUGAUUAUCUUGCCUCCAAGAAGGAUGUAAUGGAUAAAUCAGGUGUGGCACUUGUUUUAAUUGGGCCUGGAAGCAUUGAACAGGCAAAAACAUUUGCAGCGCAAACUAAAUUCAAAGGAGAAGUCUAUGCAGAUCCAAGCCACUCAUCAUACGAGGCAUUAAUAUUUGUUUCUGGGGUUACAACCACAUUUACCCCCAAAGCAGGUCUUAAGAUAAUUCAGUUGUACAUGGAAGGCUACCGACAAGACUGGAAGCUUUCAUUUGAGGAGGACACUGUGAAGAGAGGGGGCUGGCAGCAAGGUGGAAUUUUAGUAGCAGGCCCUGGCAAAAGGAACAUUUCAUACAUCCACAAGGACAAAGAAGCAGGGGAUGAUCCAGAUAUUGAAGACAUUUUGAAAGCCUGUUGCUCAUGAGAACUGAGACAUCCCCUUUAUAAAUUUGUAAUUGUCCUUAUACAUCUGUCUCUCUUGUUCUUCCUGAAAUUGUAAUUUAGUUUACAUGAGGUAACUGGAAUCUUGAGCUUUGCCCUAUAGGUUUGUGGUCAGAGAAGGAAAUUUCCUUCAAGGUGAUGUUUAGUAGCAGCUUGGAAGUCUUUUUCUUGGACAUUGCUUUUCUCACAAAGGGUCAUGAACAUGAAAUUCCCAUGAAAAUCUCUUGUAUCA